AUGGUUCGCACAGGUUACCGGACGAUUCUGGAAACCGCGAAGCUACUCGCCCUCAGAGAGGAGCUUGAGGCUGAGCUCGAGCGUCAUGUCGCGCUCAGAACAAUUAGAUUCAAUCGGGUGCGCGCAGGUACUUACGACGAAGGAACUGUUGUCCAGGGUAUCCACAUCAUAGCAGCGGACAAGUGGGACUUGGUGAUCUGUGGAAUGGAAAUCGCGGGUGGGCGGCGAGAUGGGCAUUAUUGGGCUCGCAUACGUGGAGCUGAUGAGUGGAUCAAGUUUGGAAGCCAGCUCGUCAUCAACGGCAACGACAUCACUGAAGAGGUGGUGAAGUCGGGUGGGCAUGUGGAUCUCCAAUGGGCGGAGACAGAGACACCACCAGAGUACAGACACCCCAUAGACCAAGAACGGGACGGGACGUAA